CCAACAACAAAAAAAAAAUCCUGAAAAGAUCUCGACGUCCUUUCGGACCAGACUACAGAAUUAAGCAAUUUUAAAAGGAAACAAGCGAUCCUCCCAUCUCGCCCCUCCCCACGGCCGGUCUACUCGGUCUACUCGGUCUACUAUCGACCAACUACGCCCAGACUAAUUUAUCGCCCCCCCUCCAAUUAUUCCACCCCUGACCAAACUGCCGCGGCAUCGCCGUUUCAGCAACGCCUAAGCUCACUCUAGUUUGGCGCCGACCUGCACAGUCUCGGCCUCCUGAUCCUCCACUGUCUCCUGUCUUUUUUAUGUCUCUUCCUUUGUUCCCCAAUCAUCUCUCCUGAACCCGCCGUUCUCGAUCUUCCGCAUUGCGUGGACUCGCUCGCAACCAUGAAUGCCUCGCAGUAUCCCCCGACCUACUCCUACCCACCCAGCGUGACACUGGGCCCCUCAGUCUCACCUGUCCAGCAAACCCACGCGCCGUCGCCCAGCCUGGGCUCUAACAAUCCGUUCCGGAACCGCGCCCUGUCGCCCUCCGCCAGCUCCUUCGCAUCCGCCAGCGGUCGUUCCGAACGACCAACCUCGACAAAUCCCUUCGUCGACGACGACGUCCUGUCCCCGCAGUCCGCCCCUAUUGUAGGGACGGGCGUGAUUUCUCCGAUCGAGAGACAAGACAUGUCCUCGAACACUCGCGAGCUCUUUGAAAAUCUUUCCAUCAACCCCGCCCCUCAGGCGAAUACCGGCUACAGACAGGCUCCGCCCCGUCCCGACAAGCCCGUGCAGAGUGGAUACUCGGGCAACCGUGGUCCUUCGUCGAGAGAACGUCCGGAGCGUCGCGAAAAGGAUUCGCUAGAUAUCUUUGCCGAUCCGCCCAAGACAAGCAGCGGAGCACGGUCUGGACAAAGAGACCGGAGACCUCGUCGCAACUCGGAGUCUUCGAUCAUGGAACGCACUCCCAAGCUUGUGGACACGGAGGAUGAGAGACGGCGGCGCGAGCGACGACGCCGUGAACGGGAGGCCCGUUACAAGGAUGGCAAGGAGGUGAAGGAUGGAAAGGACCCGAAGGAUGGGAAGUCUCGCUCGAAGAAGACAAACUAUCACAUGGAUAUCAUCGACAAACUGGAUGUGACUAGUAUCUAUGGCACAGGGAUGUUCCACCACGAUGGACCGUUCGAUGCUUGUAACCCUAACCGCAAUCGCAAGGGGUUGCGCACUGCACCGAUGCAAGCUUUCCCCAAGGAUUCGGCCAACAUGGCCCUCGGAGGGGCAGGCCCUAACAACCAAGAUAUCGAUCGGAAUCUAUUCCACGGGAUCACCGACCAGGGUUACAACGACUAUUCUACAAGUGGUACCAAGCAAGAGCAUCCGAUCAUCGAUACCUCCGCUCGUAUUGAGCCAAUCCAUGGAAUGGAGAGCCAGGGCUUGGGAACCAGCACCUUCCUGGAUGGGGCUCCUGCGAGUCGGGCAGAUAUCCAGCGCCGUGGAAGCAGCAACGAGGGAUCAAACGGAGGAGGGCUGCAGCGCAAGAAGAGCUUGGCCCAGAGGCUCCGAGGAAUGAACAAACCUCCUAAUGGCCGGAUGGUUUCCCCCGAGUCAUCGUACACCCCGGCUCUGCCUUCCGGUUCUGCCCACAUCGGAACCAUCCGUGCCAACGAAAAGAACCCCUUCUUCCAGGACCAAGACUACGAUGAUGCCUGGGACAAGAAGGGAGCCCAGAUCAACAUCUCUGAAGAAGCGCGUGGUAUGACGGGACGCGCCCGCUCCUCCAGCAGCCCCAAGCAGAAUACCAGUUUGGACCGGAGGUACACCAACGAGCGGUCCAACACUGGGUUCGAGGAGACCAAGACCACGGGCGGCGGCGGUGGCGGCGGUUUCAUCAAUCGCAUGAAGAGUCUAAGAAAGCCUCGACCCGACCGACGGAUCAGCAACGACUGAGUGUCUUCAACUCUGGCUAACGGACAUACGUACAACCCCGUCACUUGUACCCUGUUCGGAUGAUGAGGGAAAUCAUCGGUGGGGAUGCGCUGGAAGCAU